UCCUGUUAGUCGGAGCUGGGAGAAGUUCACUCUGAUCAGCUGAUCCCAACUGACAACAGGAGAGGAGGAAGCCCAGGAGGCAGCGAAGGAGGAGGGGGGCGGAGAUGGAGAUGAGGUUGGAUCCACCGGUGCCCUGAGGCACAGCCCCCGCCCCCACUUGCGCCCCGCGGUCCCCCGACGCCGCCUGGCCGCGGCCGAGCUGCUCCGUGGUAUUCCCUGAAAUACUAACUUGAGGUUGGAUUAUACUGAAAAGCUGCUGAACACUCUUUUCAACAAAAACUUUGUGCUUGAGGCCCAACCAAUGAGUCCACCUCAGUGAACCCAUCAAAUCUCUCUCACGUAGCCAUAGAAGACCCUUCUAAGUUAAUUUUGACCACGUAUUUGUUUGCACUUUAUGGAAAAUGAAACCAUCAAACCAAAUCAACAUUGCUGCUGAUAUUGAAGUUUUGGAGGCAGAAAAUUAAAAAUUUGAAUAUUUGUGAAUGUGUGAAGAAUUCUAAUGAGACACUGAGGGGUGUGUGUGUGUGUUGAAAGUGUUCAGAACCCUGUGGUAUUUCUGUGCAUUCUUCAGACUUAAAGCCUUUGUCUUCACUUCUGGGGAAAGCCCAGCGACUGUUUUAUGGUGAGUGAUUUCCUUACCAAACUGAGUAUGAGUGCUCAGACUUUCCCAGCACAGAAGGGCCUGAAUCCAGGGCUGAUGUGCCAGGAGAGUUACGCCUGCAGUGGGACUGACGAAGCUGUCUUUGAAUGUGAUGAGUGCUGCAGUCUGCAGUGUCUCCGCUGCGAGGAGGAGCUCCAUCGGCAGGAGCGCCUGAGAAACCAUGAGCGGAUAAGACUCAAACCCGGCCACAUCCCUUACUGUGACCCCUGCAAGGGCCCUAAUGGGCAUUCACCAGGUGUUAGACAGAGGGCAGCAGUGAGGUGCCAGACCUGUAAAAUCAACUUGUGCCUGGAGUGCCAGAAGAGGACUCAUUCUGGGGGUAACAAAAGGAGACACCCCGUUACUGUGUACCAUGUCACUAAGGUCCAGGAGUUACUGGAGGAAGAAGAGAUGGAUGAGGAGACUAAGAGGAAGAAGAUGACUGAGAAAGUUGUGAGUUUCCUCCUAGUAGAUGAAAAUGAAGAAAUUCAGGUAACAAAUGAAGAGGACUUCAUUAGGAAACUGGACUGCAAACCUGAUCAGCAUCUGAAAGUUGUUUCCAUUUUUGGAAAUACUGGUGAUGGGAAGUCUCAUACCCUCAAUCACACUUUCUUUUAUGGACGUGAAGUCUUCAAAACUUCUCCUGCCCAGGAGUCCUGCACUGUGGGAGUGUGGGCAGCGUAUGACCCUGUCCACAAAGUAGCAGUGAUAGACACAGAAGGCCUCUUGGGGGCUACAGUCAAUAUAAGCCAGAGAACACGGCUGCUGCUUAAGGUUCUGGCCAUCUCAGACCUCGUCAUCUAUCGAACUCAUGCAGACCGGCUGCAUAAUGACCUCUUCAAGUUCCUUGGAGACGCCUCAGAAGCUUAUCUGAAGCACUUCACCAAGGAGCUCAAGGCUACCACUGCCCGCUGUGGCCUGGAUGUGCCCUUGUCCACCCUGGGUCCUGCUGUUAUCAUUUUCCAUGAGACUGUGCACACUCAACUAUUGGGCUCUGAUCACCCAUCAGAGGUGCCAGAGAAGCUCAUCCAGGACCGGUUCCGGAAGCUGGGCCGCUUCCCUGAAGCCUUCAGUUCCAUUCACUAUAAGGGAACCAGGACUUACAACCCUCCCACAGACUUCUCUGGACUUCGUCGUGCUUUGGAGCAGCAACUAGAGAACAACACCACCCGUUCUCCCCGGCACCCAGGGGUCAUCUUCAAAGCCCUGAAGGCAUUGAGCGACCGCUUCAGCGGUGAGAUCCCUGAUGACCAGAUGGCACACAGCUCCUUUUUCCCAGAUGAGUACUUCACCUGCUCCUCCUUGUGCCUCAGCUGUGGGGCUGGAUGUAAGAACAGCAUGAAUCACGGAAAAGAAGGAGUACCUCAUGAAGCCAAGAGCCGCUGCAGCUACUCCCACCAGUAUGACAACCGAGUUUAUACUUGCAAGGCCUGCUAUGAGAGAGGCAAGGAAGUCAGCGUAGUACCCAAGACAUCUGCUUCCACCGACUCCCCCUGGAUGGGUCUUGCAAAAUAUGCCUGGUCUGGGUAUGUGAUCGAAUGUCCUAACUGUGGCGUGGUCUAUCGUAGCCGGCAGUACUGGUUUGGGAACCAAGAUCCUGUGGAUACAGUGGUGCGGACAGAGAUUGUGCAUGUGUGGCCUGGAACUGAUGGGUUUCUGAAGGACAACAACAAUGCUGCCCAGCGCCUCUUGGACGGGAUGAACUUCAUGGCUCAGUCGGUGUCUGAGCUUAGCCUCGGACCCACCAAGGCUGUAACAUCCUGGCUGACAGACCAGAUAGCCCCAGCCUACUGGAGGCCCAACUCCCAGAUCCUGAGCUGCAGCAAGUGUGCUACAUCCUUUAAAGAUAACGACACCAAGCAUCACUGCCGGGCCUGUGGGGAGGGCUUCUGUGAUGGCUGUUCAUCCAAGACCCGGCCAGUGCCCGAGCGGGGCUGGGGCCCCGUGCCCGUGCGGGUGUGUGACAACUGCUACGAAGCCAGGAAUGUCCAAUUAGAUGUUGCUGAGGCACAGGUGGAUGAUGAAGGUGGGACACUGAUUGCUCGGAAGGUGGGCGAGGCUGUGCAGAACACUUUGGGAGCCGUGGUGACAGCCAUUGACAUACCACUAGGUCUGGUAAAGGAUGCGGCUCGGCCGGCAUACUGGGUGCCUGACCACGAGAUCCUGCACUGCCACAGCUGCCGGAAGGAGUUCAGCAUCAAGCUCUCCAAGCACCACUGCCGGGCCUGCGGCCAGGGCUUCUGUGACGAGUGCUCCCAUGACCGCCGGGCUGUCCCUUCUCGAGGCUGGGACCAUCCUGUCCGAGUCUGCUUUAACUGCAAUAAAAAGCCCGGUGACCUUUAACCCUAGCUCCCUUUCCAAGUCCUUCACAAUUCCUUAGGUUCUCAGGGUUAGAAACAGAAGUCUCAUUGAGGUAGGCCCUCCUCCUGGUCAUCUGUUGUGGUGUGUAUCCUCUCUGCUCAUCCUGGGGCCACUUUCCCACAGUGUGGGGUAGGGCAGAUGGCAAGCUGGGGUGAGCCUGGCGGCAGGCCCGAAGGCAUAAACCCCUCAGGGCAGGGGACCGAGCAGCUUAUAGAAUCCAUUGCAUUUAUUUCAGUUAAAAAUAACUAUUUACCUGUAUAGACAUAUGAAAGGAACAUGGAGUCUGUUCAGGCUGCUGUUGGUUGCAAAGACUGACUACAGUCUGUCCCCAGCACAGGGAUAAGGUGGCAGUGGCAGCAGGUCUUCCCUAUAAAACCGAGCCAGGUACAAAGCCACUGUGUUGCUGGUCACCUUUUCUUCUUCCCAAGCCUUUGAAGCCCCUCCUUUCCUUGCCUUUUCCCUUCAUGCCUCUUGGUUGCCGGGGUAAGCAAGCUUCCCAGGUGCUUGCUUGGAAUAGCCUGGAAGGGAUCUACCUGGGCCUCCAGAGCUGGAUCCCAGUCCUUGGCCUACGCCUGUGUCAGAGACCACUUAACUUAGUGCAGGUCACCAGAGUGGGUGGAGGGUGAGGGGUAGGGUCCUCAGCCCUGAGAAGUCAAAAUGUGGGUGAUGUAACAUCCUCCUACCUGCAGAGCUCAGAAGAUAGUGGGUCCCUCCAGCUGUGUCCUGCUUGUCGCUGCUUCUGUCUGUGCAUCACUCUGCUUUCCCAGAGGCUUUGCCCUGCUCCGAGAUACAGCGCCUGCUUCCUUCUCCCUCAGCCCCCAAGCCCACCACCUGCUUCUAAGUGUUGCACUAGGAUUUUCAUUGCUUAUUUUGAAGUGUCUUAAUUCUUUGUUCCCAGACACAUGACCCCUCUAGCUAUUGGAGGGGGUGAUCAUGAGAAAUCUUCCAGGGAAACAGAGCACAGAAUGGACUGUUCAUUGUUUUCUGGUUUUGUUUUUUGAGUAUAUAUAAAUAUUUCAACAGAUCACGAAGAAAAAAAAUCUCUCUGGUCCUUGCAGGAGAAGUCAAAUGAACUUUUGUUUCUCAUUAAGAGCUGGGACAUCCUUCUCUGUCGUGACUGGAAAGAGACUGUUGUGCUGAAAUCCUGUCAUUAUGGUGGAUUUUAUCUUCAAUGGCCAAAAAUGAAGAUUUAAAAAGUGACAUAGAUCUUGACUGAACUGGUGGGUGGGUGGAGCUUCAGGGAGGUACUUGGCAGUCACUCCUGGAGUGUCAGUGUGACAUGAGCCCUGGAACGUGCUGUUCCUCUGACCUGCUCCCUUACGCCUGUGGCCGUGACUGAGGCCUUCUCAGUACUGUGUAUCAUCCACUUCGCCGUUAUAAAGGAAUCUUCCUGC